CUGCUGGUAGGAACUGUAGUUUCCUCGGGCAGGUUUCUCCACGGCGCUCUGUGCGGCGGACCGAGCUCUCUGCUUACGAGUGUUGUGAUCAUGGCGUCUGGCACAGAGGUGUCCACGCCAGUCAUUGAUGGUGAGCCAGUUGAGACUGCGGCAUCCCAGAAGAGAGAGGAAAGGCUGAGAAAGUUCAGAGAGCUUCAUUUUAAAAGGAAUGAGGCUCGUAAGCUGAAUCACCAGGAGGUAGUGGAGGAAGACAAGAGGCUGAAGCUUCCCUCAAACUGGGAGUCAAAGAAGGCCAGACUCGAGUAUGAGCUCAUGGUGGACCAGAAGAAGAAGGACUGUGCCGAGCGCGGAGAGGACUACAAUCGUGUGAAACUGUUGGAGAUCAGCGCUGAGGACGCAGAGAGGUGGGAGAGGAAGAAAAAGAAGAAAAACCCAGACCCUGGCUUCUCAGGAUACGCCGAGGCCCAGCUGCGGCAGUACCAGAGGCUCACCAAGGCGAUCAAGCCCGAUAUGGAGAGCUAUGAAAGACAGAGAGAGGAAUAUGGUGACGAUUUCCACCCCACCUCUAACAGCCUGAUCCACGGCACUCAUGUACCUUCAAAAGAGGCCAUCAACCGCAUGCAAGAGGACGUGGAGAAACAAAUUGAGAAGCGAGCCAAGUACAGCCGCCGCAGGGCCUACAACGACGACGCUGACAUCGACUACAUCAACGAGAGGAACGCCAAGUUCAACAAGAAGGCUGAGCGCUUCUACGGCAAAUACACGGCAGAGAUUAAACAGAACCUGGAGAGAGGGACAGCGGUGUAACCCCCAGUACUGCCACCAGUACUGCCACAAAGGACAUCAUUCUCUUCUUCUUCUUCUUCUUCUCUUUUUUUUUUUUUUAAUUGCUUGUGUUUUCAAUUAACGUUGCUCUGAUUAUGUGCUGAUAUGUAGAGUUUAUGAUGGUCAGCCUCUGUAUGAUUUGAUAGUAUAAAGAUAUGACUUUCAGGGAGCAUUAAACGCCUCAUAUAACAGAUAAUUACUCCUCUGUUCAUCGGCCGUGUGAAAAUGUUUGUGCUACACAUAAAUUUUUAAUAAAUCUGUCCGUUUUAAACAUUA